AACGUUAGUAAGUAAAUGAAGCAAAAAAGAACUACAAGUCCCAGAAGCCCCGUGACUCCGGAAGUGAGCGGAGCUCCGCGGGAUCAGAGCGCAGCGGCUCCGGCUGAAGAGAGUCCCGUCCUCCGCAGGAUGCGUUACUGCAGCACUCGGGCCGGCGUUCAGGGCCGCAGCUUCAGGGACGUCCUGUUCUCGGGGUACGCCGCAGACGGAGGCAUGUUCGUGCCGGAGACCGUCCCGUCUCUGUCGGCUGAGACUCUGCGCUCCUGGAGCCGUCUGUCCUAUCAGGAGCUGCUGUGUGAGAUCUGCAGCCUCUUCAUCCCCGAGCAGGAGAUCCCUCGACUCCAUCUGCAGCAGCUCAUUAAACAAGCUCUGUCCAGCUUCUCCAUCCCUGAAGCUGUGAGGCUGGUCCAGCUGAAGGACUCUCUGUCCGUCCUGGAGCUGUUUCAUGGAGAAACGCUGGCCUUCAAGGACCUGGCCAUGUCCUGCACCGCUCAGUUCCUGCGGUACUUCCUGCGCAGAGACGGCGAACGGGCCACGAUAGUAGUAGGGACGUCGGGCGACACGGGCGGCUCGGCCAUCAGGAGUGUGCUGGGCGUCCCUGAAGUGGACAUAGUGGUGGUGUUUCCCCGCGGACGCGUCUCUCGAGUUCAGGAGCGCCAGAUGACCUGCAGCAUCGCAGACAACGUCCAUGUGUUCGCAGCCGACGGGACGUCUGACGACAUCGACGUUCCUCUGAGGAGACUCUUUGCGGAUCCGGACCUGGUGCGGCGGCACGGCCUCAUGAGUCUGAACUCGGUGAACUGGUCCCGGAUCCUGGUGCAGAUGGCUCACUUCUUGUUUGCGUAUCUGCGUCUGAGCGGCCGGCGUCCUGGAGGAGAUCCACCGGAGGAGCUGGAGGAGCUGGAGGUGCUGGAGGAGCUGGAGGAGCUGGAGGUGCUGGUGCCCACCGGAGGAGCGGGGAACAUCACAGCUGGGUGCAUGGUGAAGCUGAUGGGAGUCCCUCUGCGUCUCGUGGCUGUGGUGAACUCCAACGACACGGUCCACCGCGCGCUGCAGACCCGACACUUCUCCAUGUCCGGCUCGGUCCAGCAGACUCUCGCUCCUGCCAUCGACAUCCAGGACCCGUAUAACAUGGAGCGCGUGUUCUGGCUGCUGUCCGGUCGAGACGGAGCGAUGGUGAAGAGACUGAUGGAGGAGUUUCAGACGACACACAGAGUCACUCUGCCCACGGCGCUCCACCAGCAGUUGUGUGAGGUGUUAUCGUCCGGCUCGGUGUCUGAUGACGGGAUACUGGAGGCCAUGAGGAGAUGCUGGACGGACAAUCACUAUCUCAUCUGUCCUCAUACUGCUGUAGGAGUGUGGCAGCACUAUCACACACACAUCAGAGCCGGACAGAACAGGUGCUGCAUAGCGACCGCGUCGCCGGCCAAGUUUCAGGAGGCCGUGCAGAAGGCCGGUUUGACCCUUGACCUCCCCGAAGCGCUGCAGGAGUUAGACAGACUGGAGACACGGUAUGAUGUUCUGGAGCGAUCAGAUGACUGGGAGACUAAACUGAGACAGCGCAUAGAGUCCAUCAGCUCAAUGAGAAAUCACACACAUGAAGAUCAUCUGAAGAGAGUUUCAAAAUCCUGAAUAUCAGAUACGCCUGAGAGACUCCCGCUUUUACAAUCACCUGGCUUUUCUUCUUUAAACUGUGAUCAUGAUGCUCAAAAUGGGCUCAAAUCUUGAUACGGCAUCUUUUUCUUUUAAUAAAUAACUAAUCAAAAUUGCAGCUGAGCUCGAAUGCCAGUAAUCAGCCGCUAAUCGGCUUUAGAGAACACUUGAGUGUUUCAUGGGAAAAUAAAAUGAGCCGUUAUUUUUGACUGUAAUGAUUAUUGCAAUACUCAGACCCAAUUAUAUACAGUGGGAACAUAUAUACGUUAUUAUAUACACUAUUAACGGACGUGAGAACAUGCAAUAUUACCAGCUUUGCUGCCGCUGACAUUCAAAUGCAAUAAUCGCAAUAAAUGAUUAUUAAAAAGACUAAAUUAUAUUUUGUCUUUAAAAUGAUGACAGCUUUGGGGCCCUGUUCAUUUUUUUUCCUGCAAUAACUGCAGAACUUAUAAAUAAUCGAAUAUAAAAAAUGAGAUGCAAAAGCCUCAAAGUUCCAGUUGAAAUUUCCUUUUAAAAUGAGCAUUUUUCUCAGGCUCCUGUGUUUAUUUUUGAUUAAUUAAAAUUUAAAUGACUGAAGGCAAACAGAAGCCUGAGAAAAAGGCACAUUUUCAGGAGGUUUUACAUCUAAACUCUUCAUUUUUACAUUCGAAGUUCCACAGUUAUGGUAGGUAGAGCUGGUCAAAACAUUAUCACAAUAAAUGUCUAAUUGUUAUUUCUUUGAGUAUUGAUUUUAUUGUCUAUUGGAGUUUUGCUUUUAAAAUCCAUUUGGCUCAAAAUCAAAUGUACCCGUCUUGUUUGAAAAGCCAUAGUCUCUGAAUAAACGACAGAAUCUGGCUUUAAAUCAA